AUGGAGCUUGAAGCGGGAUGUGGUGGUUGCUUUUGCGGUCUUAGGUUCCGUUCUCCGAAAUCCAGGAACAAGACCAGCGUUGCACUCGUCGAGGAGACCAAGAAAACCAUAACCUCUCCACAAGUGAACGAAAGGGGCGAAACAGCCUCCUUACCCGAGUCCCAGAAUCCGCCCCCGAGUUACUUGCACUAUAUCAACCACUGGUACGGCUCCCCGGAUAUCACAACCACCAACACAUUAUGGACGCCGGAAAAGCCGCCCGCAUACUCUGAGGAGGAAGACAUACCUCCAGAGGUGCUUGCAACCAUGGAGAAGCACCUCAAGGCGCUAUCGCCUCAGCUGCGCCAGCUCAGCCUCGACAUCUGGGGCAGAUACGCGCAUGACCGCCUGACAGCCUUGAUGACCUCGCACGGCUUCGACGUCACCCCGCACUACCUCGGGCUCGCCACCGCCUUCCGCGCCGCGUACACUCACGCCCCCACGUCCAAAUCGCCCAACGAGAAGGGCGCGGCGCGCAGCACGCGCGUCAUCGGCGUGAACGCGGAGAUGGACGCGCUCCCCGGGAUCGGACACGCGUGCGGCCACAACCUCAUCGCGAUGGCGGGCGUCGGCGUCGCGCUCGCCCUCAAGGCCGCGCUCGCGGCGCACGGCGUCCCCGGCACGAUCGUCCUCCUCGGCACCCCCGCGGAGGAGGGCGGCGGGGGGAAGAUCCAGCUGCUCGAGCGCGGCGCGUACAGGGAGAUGGACGCGUGCGUCAUGUGUCACCCGGCCGCGGGCCCGGAGAACAGCGCGAUGAUGUGGAAGUCCGUCGCGGCCCAGCACAUGGAGAUCGAGUUCUUCGGGCACGGCGCGCACGCUGGGGCCGCACCUUGGGAGGGCCAGAACGCGCUCGACGCCGCGUUCGUCGCGUACUCCGCGAUCUCGGCGCUCCGCCAGCAGAUCAAGCCCGACCACCGCGUGCACGGGGUCGUCUCGGGGCGGAACUGGGCGCCGAACGUGAUUCCGGAUUACGCGCUGCUCAAGUACAUCGUGCGCGCGCCGACGUGGGCUGAGCUGGAGGUGCUCCGUGAGAGGAUACUCGCCUGCUUCCAAGCGGCCGCGCUGGCGACCGCGUGCAAGGUGAAGAUCAGCAUGGACCACGGCUACUACGAGCUGCGCAACAACUCCGUGCUAGGGGGCGUUUUCUCUCGCGUCGUGGGCCACCAAUACGGAAUGGGCAUGUCCACCGCCGAGGGGAUAAACGCAUCGACCGACUUCGGAAACGUGACGUUCGAGCUGCCCGCCAUCCACCCCGCGUACGCGAUCCGGACUGAGCCCAACGGAGCCAACCACACGCCGCAGUUUGCCCAGUCCGCUCGCUCGAAACAGGCCCACGAGCAGACGCUGAAGGUCGCGCUCGGCCUCGCGGCAGUGGGGUUCAAAGUCUUGGACGACGCCAAGUUCAUGGCGAAGGCGAAAGAGGCGUUCGAGGCGGCAAAAGCCGCUCAUGAAGCGACCACCUCGUUUGCUUCGGACGUCGCGCUCGCCCAUGGGGAGUGA